CUCUUUCCCCUUCUCUGCCUUAUCUCUCUCUCUCUUUCUCUGACUGCAAAAAAAAACAAAGCUAUUUUCUAAGAGGGCAAAAAGUUGUUCUUUUCUUCUUUUGCUCUUCACAACCCGAACAUGCUCUUGUUCCCACCCAUUGUUAUAAAAACAAGACCCUGAAAACAAAACAAAAAGGUUCUCUCUCUCUCCAAUGGAUUUGCAACUGAAACAAUGGAGAAGCCAGCAGCAGCAGCAGACAGAGUCAGAAGACCAACCUUCUGCAGCUAAGAUACCAAAACAUGUCUUUGAUCAGAUUCAAUCCCAUACUGCAACUUCUACUGCUCUCCCACUCUUUUCCUCUGAGCCUACCUCUUCUAAACUAUCCUCUCUGUCUCAUGAUUCUUCUUCCAGGUUCCCCAAGAUAGGGAGCUUCUUUAGCUGGGCACAGUGGCAAGAGCUUGAACUACAGGCACUGAUCUACAGGUACAUGAUGGCUGGAGCUGCUAUUCCACAAGAACUCCUUUUACCGAUCAAGAAAAGUCUUCUCCAUCUACCUCCUUCCUACUUUCUUCACCACCCUCUUCACCACCUCCCUCACUACCAGCCUGCUUGGUAUAUGGGAAAGGGGGCGAUGGAUCCUGAGCCAGGGAGAUGCAGGAGAACGGAUGGUAAGAAGUGGAGGUGUUCAAGGGACGUCUUUCCUGGCCACAAGUACUGCGAGCGCCACAUGCACCGUGGCCGCAACCGUUCAAGAAAGCCUGUGGAAACUCCUACCGUCAAUGCCACCACCACCACCACCACCACUUCCAUUGCUCCCGCUUCCGCACCCGCUGCAAAAGCAUCUUUGUUUGCUUUUGGCGGUGGUGGUGAGGAAGUGGGUCAAGGAGAAUCUUCUUGUUUCUUCUUCUCUGGCUCUUCUUCCAGUUCUUCAUCUCAACUUCUCAACCUUAGUCAAAGUUCAGAGCUGAAGCAAGGAAGCAACAACCAUAAGAGGCCAUACGAGUCCCAUAAUGGAUUUGGCAACAACAGCUCAGACGGAGGACACACUUUGAGGCACUUCUUUGACGACUGGCCUCGUUCUGAAGCCGACAGUAGUUCAAGCCCCAUGAACUCAACCACAUGUCUCUCCAUCUCCAUGCCCGUAAACUCUUCCUCGGACGUCUCUCUAAAGCUGUCUACAGGCAACGAAGAGGAGGAAGCUAGGAGUAACAACAAUAGGAGGGACCAGCAAAACAUGAGCUGGUGGAGCGGUGGAGGGUCACUUCCCAACCACCACAACAUGGGCGGACCAUUGGCCGAAGCCUUGAGAUCUUCAUCAUCAUCUUCCCCAACCAGUGUUCUCCAUCAGCUCUGGAGAACAGUGUAAUAACCAACAUAACAUUGCAGUAUUUUCUACUGUUUUUUUUUUAAAUUCAAAUAUUCGCUUUAUGAACAGAGAAGGCUUUUGUUGUCAUCUUCCUUUUUCUUAAAGCGGUUCUCUGUAUCUGUUACAGUUCUCUGCAGAUUUUCCUCAACAAAUAUUUAUCUUUU